GGUCAGAUAGGCCGCUACGGCCUUUAUAUGCCCCUUCCAGAUGCUACUGGAAGAAAUCAAACCCCCAAAUCUCCCGUGCUCCUCCUGCUCCCCCCUGCGGCCUCGGCGGUGCUGAUCUCCGGUCGGGAGAGGUUGGAUCUUCCCUCUCGCAAAUCGAAGAGAAAAAGAUAUGGAUUAGUCUUAUUUUUCGUUUAAGUUUCGUUUCUGUAUCGUCGUGCGUUGAUGGAUUUGACCGGAAAUUUAAGUGCCUGCUGUUUUGAAGGUUUCUUCAGUUCUACAGGAAUAGGAAAUCGAUUCCAGUUUGCCAUUGCAGUAGCAACCGAUGCAGUUGUCUAUCAAGUUCUUUCCCCUUCUUGAAUGAAUUAUCUGGCACGCUCUUAGUUUAAUCCUGGCUGCAAUUCCUUUUGUGUACCUUCUGAUUCGUGUUGUGGGACUGCAGAGAUCUCUAGCUUUUCUGUCCAGUCGCCGCCAUGGCCGAGCACCUGGCCUCAAUCUUCGGCACGGAGAAGGACCGCGUGAACUGCCCGUUCUACUUCAAGAUCGGCGCGUGCCGGCACGGCGACCGCUGCUCCCGCCUGCACAACAAACCGUCCGUCUCGCCGACGCUGCUGCUGUGCAACAUGUACCAGCGCCCCGACAUGAUCACCCCGGGCGUGGACGCGCAGGGCAACCCCAUCGACCCCGUCAAGAUCCAGGGCGACUUCGAGGACUUCUACGAGGACAUCUUCGACGAGCUCAGCAAGCACGGCGUGGUAGAGAGCCUGCACGUCUGCGACAACCUCGCCGACCACCUGAUCGGCAACGUGUACGUGCAGUUCAGGGAGGAGGACCAGGCCGCCAGGGCCCUGCAGGCGCUGCAGGGGCGCUUCUACUCGGGCCGCCCCAUCAUUGCUGAGUUCUCGCCGGUCACCGACUUCCGGGAGGCCACCUGCCGGCAAUUUGAGGAGCACAAUUGCAACCGUGGAGGGUACUGCAACUUCAUGCAUGUGAAGGAGAUCGGCAGGGAUCUGAGGAAGAGGCUGUAUGGGCACCUGCAUCGUUCCAGGAGAAGCCACAGCAGGAGCCCCAGCCCGUACCAUCGCCACCCGAGGGACCGUGAUCGCAGGAGCUCAUCGCGGUCCAGGGACAACCGUGGCGGCGACUACUACGGUGGCAGCCUGGACCGUGGCGACUACGGGGACUACUACCACCACAGCAGGAGGAGGAGCAGCGAGAGGCACCGCAACUACGACAGUGACGAUGGGAGCAGGCGACGCCGGCACAGGAGCCGGACUAGGAGCCCCGUCAGAGAGGGCAGCGAGGAGCGGAGGGCAAAGAUCGAGCAGUGGAAUCGCGAGAGGGAGGCGGCGCAAGCUUGAGUCGGUCUUGUCUCAUUUCAGGUUGCAUUGUUCAGUUCACCGGACGCCUUGGUUCUUACUGUGUGAGCUUGUACUGGUAGAUGAAGUUAGAAUGUGGGCUUAGUGGAUUUACUGGGGUGUCUAAUGUGACAUCUUCACUCUUCAGAAUCUUCAGUGUGAUCCUUACUGAACUACCUUUGGAUGUCUUGUUGGAACCAAUUUUCCUACUCGGUGAUCAAAUUGUGAAUGUUCUUGAGCUUGGUGCAGUACCUU